CAUUAUAACAAACCUAUUUAAAAAAACAUAUAUACAGCAUAAAAAAGGCAAUAAAGAGUGCCUAAUAAUAAUAAACCUUAAAAAACAUAUAUACUGCAUAAAAAAAAGUAACUACAAAGACGUGCAUAAAAAAAAAAAAAAGUCUUUAAAACAAACUAAAGAGUGCUGCAUAAACAUAAAAAUAGAAGAAUGCCUCCUAAAAGAAUUUUAACACAGGAAGAUGCAGAAAACGUUAAACGCAGAAGAAAAGAAACUCAACGUAUACGACGGACACAUAUGACUGAACAACAAAGGGUAACUCUACGCAAAAAGGAUUCUUCAAAAAAACGGAUUUGUAGGGCCAAUAUGACUGCUCAGGAAAAAUGUCUCCAACUGGACAUGCAAAGAUCACGUUCUGCUGCACGUAGAAAAAAAAAAAAAAAAGUACUAACAUCACUAUCACUAAUCAAUAUAACAAAAGUUAUAACCAUUCACUAUUUAAUGAAGACAAUGUUCCGAUGCACACAUGUGGUCAACUUAAUGUUUAUUGCACAUUUUGCAUGGCAAAGCAUUUUCCAGAGGAACAACCAAGCGAUAAGCUUUUUAAUAAAUGCUGCAAUAAAGGAAAAAUAACAUUACCUCAUAUACAAAUUUCACCACUGAUCCAACAACUAAUGACUGGACAACACACACAUUCAAAGAAUUUUAUGCAAAAUAUCCGUUCUAUAAAUAGUGCAUUGGCGUUUGCAUCAAUGGGAGCAAACAUUGCACCACCUCCAGGAUAUGGCCCAUACUGUUUUAGAAUAAAUGGCCAAAUUUAUCACCGAUCUGGUGCUUUGCAUCCAGAAAAUGAUGAUCAACGCAAAUUUGCACAACUCUACAUUUUGAGUCCUGAGGAAGCUGCGGACCAACGAGCAGCACUAAAAGAAAAUUCAGGAUGUCACAUUGAACUUUUGAGGGAGUUAAGUUCAUAUAUGUCUCAGUAUAACCCUUUUGCAAAAGCAUGUAAAAUGCUCUAUGAGGUAGAGCAAGAAUGCAUCCAUGAAGCAUCUUUAAAUGGAGUUCAAAAUUCUAAAGUUUCAAUGGUAAUUCUGCAGGACAGAACAUCAGAUUACCGAAGAUAUAACGUACAAAGAGUUAAUGAGGUUGCUGUUAUUUUCCAAAAUUCUGAUGGUGAACCUCCUCUUGAACGUGACCUUCUUAUUCAUUGCUGAUCUACAGAUCAAACAAAAAAAACUGAAAGAAUAAGUGUUUUAGAUCCUAAUCUUGAACCAUUGCUGUAUCCUUUGUUGUUUCCAUAUGGGGACCAAAGUUGGGGUUCCAAUAUUGCUCUUAACUACAG